GCCAAAAACCAUGACCCACAACCAGCCAUAUAUCCUGCCCAUAUUCCCCUUACAAUAUCCCAAACCCAUAAAUCCAAAAUCACAUUAUUCCCUUCCCCUUCCCCUUCACCCUUGGCCAAGAAUCCCUGCCCACAAUCCAUGUCACAGCCCCCACAAUUGUUCCCCAUUAUACUCUCCAUUAUGUGUAAGGAAACAAGCUGCAAACAAACAAAACAUAUUGGCCCCACCUUGGCAGCCACCCAACUCACCUUUGCUCCCCAUAAACUACCUAUUACAUCCCUCCAAAAUAGCCAACCCACUCACCCCUUUUUUUUUUCAUGGGCAAGGACAAGAGCAGGGCUGCCACCUCCAGGAAAUCAAAGUCCAAAUCCCGGGCGCCUACGACAUCCACGGAGGAACGCCUCUACUAUGGCUACGGAUCGUACCUCUGGUUCGAUUCCGAGGAGGAGCGCACCCGCUUUUUCACUUUCUUCUCUAAACGGGUCGUGGCUCCUCCACGGAUCAUCCCGGAGCGCUACCCGGAGUUGCAGGGCUACGACGACCUCGACGCGCAGCUUCAUCAAGCCGGCCUUUGGCCAUUCGUCUCCUGGGCUUGGAAGGAGAUCAACCCGGCGCUGAUUCGGGUCUUCUACUCCAACCUCCGGCGUGAGGGCGACGUGCUCUACUCUCUUGUCAAGAGCACGCCGAUAGAACUUUCCGUUGAGCAGCUUGGGCGCAUCGCCGGCCUCCCCUACCAAGGCGACGACGUCUCCCACUAUGGCGGAGAGGACUGGGUGCUCAACAACGAGGGCCUUAUCCUCAACAAGCUUGGCGUCACCGAGCUCAUCCGCCAUGCCUCGAGCCGCCCCACCAUCCACUCCGCUAACCCCGAAGGCCGUCUUCUUCUCUACAUCGUGUCCCGAAUCAUCAAGCCCCGGAAGCAUGGCCACACAAUCAUGUUCGGUGAGGACCUCAAACUGAUCCAUGCGAUCAUGCACUCGGCCCCAAUCAAUUGGGCAAAGUUUGUCAUGAUCAACAUGACGAUUGCCGCGUCCACCGACCACGACCACCUCCUCCCGUACCCGUUCGUGGUGAUGGACAUCCUUGAACGGUUCAAGGUGACCACCACCGUUGGCCCACUCACAAAGGCCACGAAGAUUUGGGCGAUCAGCACCCAAACCUUCAAGAAGGGGUCGGACAAUGCCGGACCUGCCACUGCCGUGCCACGGCCCCGUUCUGCUGCUGGCCCAGCCGAACCCCAGGCCCGGGCCAACCUUGCCUCCAUUGCUGACUCCCUCAACCGGCUGCACUUCAAAGUUGAUGGGAUGGAUGGCUACCUUGAGAAGCUUGACGAGGCGGUCCAACACCAAGGGUACGCCAUGAACGCGUACUUCCAACGCGUUAACUACGUCCCCCCACCGUACCAUGGCACGUUCUUUAGGAAAGUGUAUGGUGACGAGGACGAAGACGAUGCCUCCUACGACCCGUCAAGCUCCCCGGACGAGGACGAGUUCGACGAUGCCGUUGAUGGUGAUGAGAUGGACGUCGACGACGACGACGAGGAAACCGAAGACAAAGACUAGGACGCCCCUAGAUUUUCUAUCUCUUUUAUUUUAAUUAUCCUGUUUCUUUAAUGCUUCCGUUGUACUCCGCUAUUUCCCUUUUUCAAAAAAUAAAAGUUAUCCUUUAUCUUUUUCUUAAUGUCAAAAGGGGGAAGAAAAGGGUUAUGCAUAC